AUGGCGAAUCUGGUGGUGCGGCCGUUCGGAGGAUUUCCAUCGGACUAUGCCGCAAAGUUCUUCGAGAUGAGGGGGAGGCUAUGGGCCUUAUGGAUCUUGCAAACGAUGGGAAGACAUUUCUGCUUUCUUUUGGGGCGGGCGAAUUUGCUUCCCUUAGCUGUGACAUGGAUGGUCAUCUUCUUCAUCGGAGCUCAGGCGGCCUACGGGGCCACUUUCGGCAUCAUACCCUUCAUUUCCCGUCGGUCAUUGGGCAUCAUCUCGGGGCUGACCGACGCCGGAGGUAACUCCGGGUCCGGAUUGACGCAGCUAAUAUUCUUCUCCACCUCAAAGUUCUCCACCGCGUCGGGGCUGUCGUUCAUGGGGAUAAUGAUCAGUGUUGAAGAUCAGUGUGCGGAUGGCCUUCAGUCCACAUCAGCACAUAGUCCAUGA